AUGGCCGCACGGAAACUCCAGCAGGAGAUUGACAAAUGCUUCAAGAAAGUCGCAGAAGGCGUCGCGACGUUUGAGAACAUAUACGAGAAGAUUAUGCAAACGGGCAAUCCCUCGCAGAAGGAGAAGCUCGAAGACCAGCUGAAGAAGGAGAUCAAGAAGCUGCAGCGGUCGCGGGACCAGAUCAAGACGUGGGCUGCCAUGUCCGAGAUCAAGGACAAGAAGCCGCUGCUGGACCACCGGAAGCUCAUCGAGACACAAAUGGAGCGCUUCAAGGCCGUCGAAAAGGAGAUGAAGACGAAAGCAUACUCCAAGGAGGGGCUGCAAUUAGCGUCCAAGAUCGACCCCAAGGACAAGGAGAAGAUGGAGAUGGUCGAGUUCCUGCAGCAAAUGAACGAGGAGCUGGAGCGGCAAAUAGAGACCAUCGAGGCCGAAAUCGAGACGCUGCAUGCCAACGUAAAGAAGACGAAGAAGGGCGACAACUCCAAGGCGGAGCGGAUAGCAGAGCUGGAAGAGUCGGUCGAGCGAAAUAAAUGGCAUCAGUCCAAGCUGGAUCUGCUGCAUCGAGCGCUCGAGAACGGCAACGUCGAGACAGAGCAGGUCAAGGGAAUCGAAGACGGCAUCAAGUACUACGUGGAAAGUAAUCAGGACCCUGAUUUUGCCGACGACGACACAAUGUACGACGACUUCAACCUGCAAGAGGAGGAGGCCAUCUUCGGCUUGGGCGAAGGCCUCGACCAGGUCUCAUCGCACGAAUCGCAGUCGGUAGCAGAUAAUGACGAGUCGGACAUACGACCACCAGCGCCAAAGCCAAAAGCGACAGAAGCUGUGCAACAAGCAGCGAGACGGCCCUCGACACAGAUGAAGUCGCCAUUACCAGCACUAGCAACGCUGCAUACGCCCUUGCCUGGUGCCUCAAAUACCACGGGCAACGCCAUGAAGCCCGCGCCCAUACCCACACGGACGACGGGUGAGCCUCUGAAGUACGCCUCGGCCGCCGCCGCUGCAGCUGCGAGUGAUAAAAAUGGAGUGGGCAUUGCCCCUUUGCCACCACCACCGGGAGCUGCCGCGGCACAGUCAGGCCUUGCUCCUGGCGCACGCGCAAGUGCUACCAGUUCUCCAGCCAUAACACAUUCCCAACCAGCCGCCCGCACACAGCCAGCCGAAUCCGCACAAGCAUCACCAGCUCCCGCGGCAAGUAUACCCGCUACGCCUGCUGUCGAGAAGGAGACGCUUUCGCGCGCUGCUUCGUCGGAAGAUGCUUCAAAGUCCAGCAGAAGAACACCGGCUCCUGAACCUGUAGAAGAAGAAGAGUCCUCGGCUGCUACUCCGCCGUUAACAAAUGGUGAAUCCCAUGCUGAAGACGACGAGGAAGAGUCAGUAUAUCACCUUCCUUCAAGCUUACAGGAUCUCCUGGAUUCCUUCGAAGCGACUAAAAAUGACAUAUCCGCCUCUGCAACAAAACCUCCUGAUGAGCGCAUGCUAGCAGCAUCCAUGGCUACCGCGCCGGACUCUGCCGACACUGAGGCGCCCCGCCACUACCGUCCCCAGAAUCCCUAUCCGUUUACGCCCGCGCACUACCCGCAAGAGCCGUUACCAAUCUUCGAUGAUCCUCGCCUAUACUCCCGGAUUGAGACCGACGCUCUCUUCUAUGCCUUCUACUAUCGCCAAGGUACAUACCAGCAAUACCUGGCAGCGAAAGCACUCAAGUCGCAAAGCUGGAGAUUCCACAAGCAGUAUCAAACAUGGUUCCAACGACACGAAGAGCCAAAGGCGAUAACAGAAGACUACGAGCAGGGGACGUAUAGAUUCUUCGACUACGAGUCGACAUGGAUGAACCGAAGGAAAGCAGACUUCCGAUUUGCCUACAAGUUCUUGGAAGAUGAGCUAUGA